AAUAAAAAACCCAAAAGAAAAAUCCUCUUGAUUCAAUCAACUCAUUGAAUAAUUUGGAGCAAUUUUUUUUUUCAAAAUUUUCUAUGGGAAAUUUUAGUUCAUGCCCGAUUUUACCAUCAAUUAAGAAUUCGAAAGCAUCCAGAGUUGUCCUACCAGGAGGAGAAAUCAGGCAAUUUCGAGAUCCAGUGAAAGCAGCAGAAAUCAUGCUGGAAAACCCAAGUAAUUUCUUGGUCAAUUCAAGUUCGUUGAGUAUAGGCCGGAGAUUUUCGGCUUUAUCGGCCGAUGAAGAUUUGGAAUUUGGAAAUGUUUAUAUUAUGUUUCCGAUGAAGAGAGUUAAUUCGGUGGUGACGGCAGCUGAUAUGACGGUGCUUUUGUUAGCGGCUAAUUCUGCUGCUAAGAGAAUUACCGGUGGAAAUGUUAGGAUUUCUCCGGAAAUGUCACCGGCGCCGGGAAAUAAUGCCGCCGGAGGACGGGAUUCCGAUGAGGUGGAGGGGUUUCCGGUGGGACGAGAAAUGAAGUAUAGGUUGGCGUGUAGAUCGAGGAAGCCUUCGUUGGCGACGAUUAUGGAAGAACCUGUUUCUUCAAGAUGAGAAGUUUAAUGUGAAAAAAAAAUAAUUAGAAUUUAUUUUUAUUUUUAUUUUAGAGAUUUAGUGUGAAAAAAUACUCCAUUCGUCUCAAUUUAAGUGCACCUUUUAAAUUUUGCGAUUCAAAUAAAUUUAUCUUUGAUCGUAAA